GUACCCGAGGGCAGGGCAGCUCCGGACUUCCUCAGGCUGCUCUUCUUGUCCUCCAUGUCUGUGUUCAUUCAGCUGUUGCGGCGGAAGGCAGCAGCCGCAGCAUCUCACUCACAGCGCGCUGUGCCAGCUGAAUUCUAACGACUGAACUCCCUAGGCUUCGCUAUGACACUAGGCAAAUUAUGCAGCAUUUCAAAAGCAGCAGCGUUAUCAGUCGCUAUGCUUACUUCUUACCUCAAUUUCGCCGUGAAAACAUUCCCUGCAUUUAGUUAAAUCGCGGAUUGUCGCCGAGAGCGCUAGCCUCGUUCUGCUUUCUAUUAGCUUGAAGAAGUGGCUUUUUACCAAGCAGCUACAUUUUUAGACUAUUUGUAUUGUCGUUGCGAAGAAAAGUCAUCCGGCAGACAUGGGAAUCAUUUUUACAAAGUUAUGGAGGCUGUUUAACCACCAAGAGCAUAAAGUCAUCAUUGUUGGAUUGGACAAUGCAGGAAAGACAACAAUCCUUUAUCAGUUUUCAAUGAAUGAAGUAGUUCACACCUCACCCACGAUAGGCAGCAAUGUUGAGGAGAUUGUGGUGAACAACACCCAUUUUCUCAUGUGGGAUAUAGGAGGCCAGGAAUCUUUGCGCUCUUCAUGGAAUACCUACUACACUAACACAGAGUUUGUGAUAGUUGUGGUGGACAGCACAGACAGAGAGAGGAUCUCUGUGACCAGAGAAGAGCUCUACAGAAUGCUAGCUCAUGAGGACCUUAAAAAGGCUGGUUUGUUGGUCUUCGCCAACAAGCAAGAUGUGAAAGGUUGUAUGACAGUGGCUGAAAUCUCACAGAGCCUACAGCUUACUUCUGUUAAGGACCACCAGUGGCACAUUCAGGCCUGCUGUGCUCUCACAGGGGAGGGACUGUGCCAGGGGCUGGAGUGGAUGAUGUCACGACUGCGAGUGAGAUGACUUCUGACCGUAGCAAACGGUGCACGCUCUUUCUCCUCCACACGUGGAGGCCAACUGUCGCUCACUGUGAAGGUGGCCUGGAGAUGUCACCCAGACUCAUGUCUCGAUUAAUUUAUUACAGCUCGUGAAGAACUGUGAAGAAAAAUUCCACAACUAACUAUUCAAAAGGUUCAGGAUGGGCAAAACCACAAAAACAGUGUUUUCUGCUCAGCUGCUCUCUAAAGAGUCUAACAGGAAAGAAGCAGAGGAGCAUGUGGGCUGAGCGCAUGUGUAACUGAGUGAGGCUCUGCAUGGAGUGACUUUGCAGUAUUGUCUGACUAUCUGACAUAGUAUUGCCCUGUGUGUUCAGUCCAGUAUUUACCUUGACCUUGAGCCUGUGUCUGAACCUCUCAGAGUCCAGGGCAUCGAAUAGAGUGAAAAAAAACACCAUGCAAGGGAAGUCUUCACUUCAUGUAAAAAAAAAAAAAAAAAAAAAAAGUUAAUAAAGUGUUUUUACCCAUGAAGGCUGCAGCUUUUUUGUCACUUGCCUUUUGGUGGUGCUGUGACACAUUUAUUGAUGUAAGACCUCAAUAUUUUUGUCAUUUUCUCCCCUGCUGGUUAAGAUGAUAAAGACUGUAGUGGAAAUAAUGUUUUGAUAUGCUGUUCAUAUUAAAGGUAAUGUGCACCAAGUGUUCAGUUUUCUAAUGAUCAGUUCAGUUCCAUAAUGCUUAAUAGUCUACAGUAACAUGGGCUUUUAUAUUGAGUAAUAGCCUCUUCCUUUUUUUUACUGGUCAGUUUUACUUGCAUUGCAUGGCAGAAGUAUUAACACCCCUCUUUAUCCUUUCUAAUAUUGUAGGGAUAUAACCUGAAAUUAAAAUUGGAUUUUACCAUGAUUUUUUACCGUAUGAUUUCUAUAAUAAGUCUAAAGUUUAAGGUGCAAAAUAUAGUUUUAAUUGUGACACAAUGAUUGAAAGCAAAAAUGUGUUGGUUGCAUACUGUAUGUAUUUAAAGACUUGGUCAAUAGAACCACAUUUGUCUGUAAUUACAGAUGCACAUCUGGAUUCUAAUAUUUUUCCCACUCUUCUUGGUUAAAAUUGCUCAUCUUCUUUCAGAUUGAAUGGAGACCAUUGGUGAGCAGCAGAUUUCUUUGGGCUGUUCUACCACAUUUGUAUUCUAGGAUGUUUCGAAUACAGUAAAUCCAUUUUAGCUUUAUGCUUAGUGUUAGUGACUAGAACAGGUUUUCUACUUGGGUUGUCCAGUAAUUUGCUCCAUGUGUCUUGCUCUCAAGCAAGUACUUUCUGGGGAAAUCUCCACAAUUUUGCUACCACCACCAUGCUUCACUAAGGGUAAUGUAUUCUUAGGGUGAGGCAUAGCUAAUGGUUUUGCCAAGGGCAAAAUCAAAUUUGGUCUCAUCGGACCAGAGAAAUUUUUUCCACAUCUUCCACCGUUGCCAUUCUUCUUACCACUUUUCCAUGCAGCCAAGCUUUUUGGGGUACCCAGGCUUUGCUUGUUCUAUGAUGAGCUUCUCCCAUCUGAUCUGUAUCUCUCUGCGUACUUUAGAAUUACCUUUUGCCUUUUGGCAUAUUCUAUGACUAAUGCCUUCCUUUUCUGACUUUUUGUGGAUGGCAUCGAAGCAGAGUUGUAGUUGUGCCACAUACCUUUUUUAAAUUAUGGAUUUAAUAGCACUCUCCUUGGAUGUUUUUUUAAUAACCAAAUCAUGAUUUAUACAUAUACAGGGUAUUGUCUCAGCCUUUUUUUUUUUCUUUGCUCUUCAUGGUGCUGUUUACUCUCUAACGAAUUCUGCCUUCCAUGAACAGGUGUAUUUAUACUGAUCAGGCAUAACAUUAUGACCACCUGCCUAAUAGUGUUUGUCCACCUUUUGCUGCUAAAACACACUUCUUUGUCCAGCACAGCCCACAGAUGCUCAAUUGGAUUUUGGAAUUUGGAGGCCAGGUCAACACCUUAAACUCGUUGUGCUCAUCAAACCUUUCUUGAACCAUUUUUGCUGUGUGGCAUGGUGCAUUAUCCUGCUGAAAGAGGCUACAGCCAUCAGGGAACACUGUUUCCAUGAAAGGGUGUACAUGGUCUGCAACAAUUUUUAGGUAGGUGGUAGGACCCAGGUGUUUCCCAGCAGAACAUUGCCCAAAUCAUGACACUGCCCCUGCCUGCUUGCCUUCUUCCCAUAGUGCAUCUUGGUGCCAUGUGUUCUCCAGGUAAGCGAUGCACAUGCACCUAGCCAUCCACGUGAUGUGAAAGAAAACAUGAUUCAUCAGACCAGACCACCUUCUGCUCCGUGGUCCAGUUCUGAUGCUCACUUGCUCAUUGUUCCCUCUUAGUCUUUUGGUGGUGCACAGGGGUCUGCAUGGGCACCCUGACUAGUCUGCAGCUAUGCUGCCCCAUACUCAACAAACUGCAAUGCACUGUGUAUUCUGAGACCUUUCUAUCAGAACCAGCAUUCAUUUCUUUAGCAAUUUGGGCAACAGUAGCUUGUCUGUUGGAUCGGACCACACGGGCCAGUGUUUACUCCCCACGUGCAUCAGUGAGCCUUGGCCAUUCAUGGCCCUGUUGCCGGAUGACCACUGUUCCUUCCUUGGACCACUUUUGAUACAUACUGACCACUGCGGACCGGGAACACCCCACAAGAGCUGCAGCUUUGGAGAUGCUCUGAUCCAGUCAUCUAGCCAUCACAAUUUGGCCCUUGUCAAACUCACUCAGAUCCUUACGCUUGCCCAUUUUUCCUGCUUCUAACAUCAACUUUGAGGACUAAAUGUUCACUUGCUGCCUAAUAUAUCCCACCCACUAACAGGUGCCAUGAUGAGGAGAUAAUCAGUGUUAUUCACUUCACCUGUCAUAAUGUUAUGCCUGAUCGGUAUAUAUUGAGAUGAUUGAUUUAUUUCCACACAGUUGGACCCCAUUCAACUUAUCAUGUAACUUUUGAUAGUAAAAUUAACCAUUCACCCCUCUGAACCGCCUAAAUUAAGUCAAGAAGCUUUUAUUGUCAUUUUGACCAAAUACUGCUGAUGCAGUACAAAGUGAAAUGAAACAACAUUCCAGGACUAGAAUUUGGAUUAGAAAAAUUAGUUCUAGUGCCCACAAUUAAUUACAUUUUAGAGUAGAUUCAUAACAUUAAAUCACUAAUCCUUAUUAAGUUCAAUUUCAGGUUGUAGCACUACAAAUGUUCAGGGGGUUUAAUACUUAUGGUAAGGCACUAUAUCUUGGAUGAGUAGGUGAUGUAUGGAGGAAUGCUGUACAGAGAUAACAUUUUUGUUACUGUUGAAUUCUCUGGUGCUUUAAAGAACUUGCCAGCACUUUUAAACAGAUUUAUAGCAUGUGCUUUAUUCCCACAGACUAUCAGCUGUCCAUCUUUUCAAAAUCUGUUACCUCUCUCAGAGUAAACAACUUGUUCUUCUUUAAGGGUGUUAGCAAACAUGCCUUUUUCUUUUCCCGCUGUCUGUAUUUAGCCCACUUACCUCAGUGUUUUGGCAAGUGUUUCUUUUCCACUGUCACAGGCAACAGUACUUUGAGUUCAAGUGCCAACAUAUUUGUAAUAUUUCACAUUAAUCCCCAUGACUCAUUGUUUACCAAUGACCAAGUGAUUUGACGUCUUUCUCUUCGUAGCUGGUGAUUUAAUCAUCAUGUCAUCUUACUGUUGAAUAAUAGACAUUGACGGCUCUGUCUAUUGAUGCUGUUGUUUGCAUUGCACUAAUCAAAUGAAUAGGAGUAGCCAUGUGCUCUUGAAUAAACACAAGGCAGUUCAUUUUUAUUUACUCAGAAACCACAAAGAUCAGUGGAAUGUUAUUAGAGAUUUGUGGUUUUAUUAGAAGCUUGCCGCAAUCCAAGAACAUAAAACCUGAGCUCCCUGAUGGCUGAUUUGCAGUGAUCUGGUACCUUUCCAUUCUGAUUGCUGAUGCUGUAGGAAGUGUGAGAGGAUGGACAGAGCGCACCAGAGAAGCGAUGAACCACAGCUGUUGCGGUCAUUCACUCUCUGUAGCGAUCAUCCGCACAGGAGACACAAGGAUCCACGGACUCCUGCAGGAGUGACAGGCAUCAAGAAGAAUCAUGUCAAGACAACGUCACCUGGGCUGCAGUGAAAUAGUAACCUGAUCGUCAGGUGAAUUUUAGGAGCUGCGAUAAUUUAUGAGAUGUCCUCUGUGAUGACCUGUGUUAAUAUGUUGUUAUUUAUUUAUUUAUUCAUUUAUUUAUUCAUUUAUUUGUGUGUGUGUGUGUGGGGGGGGUGUACUUGUGAUGAUUCUGCAAUAUGACACAUCACUUACACAUCCUUGGGUAAUAAAUGUCAACUAAAAUAAGACAAGGCUGCCACCUGUGCUGUUUUGCAAAGCAAAUAUUCAAUAACCCCUUAAUUAAACUGCAUAAAACUGACAUAACACUGAUGUUCUAUAUGUUGUAGUAAUUGACAAUGUCCAGUUAAAGGAAACUGUUAGCUCUCAUGUUUGAUUGAAUAACAGAUGAUGCCCCAUGCUUUUUAUUAAGCAUACUCUAGUUAACAUAUGUUUUAUGAUAUGGCAUUUCAUGAUAGCUGUCAUAACACAUCACAUGCUGCAUAUUUCAUUGUAUUUUAAAAGUAAACUACAGAAGCUUCUCUGCUGAACUUUUUCCAGGACAGAUUACACUUACAAAUUGCAUAUCUUUUUGUCUUCUAAACUUUUCCCAUUUUUUUAAACAAUACAUAUGUCCUUGUACUUUUCUGUUUCUUGCUGAAUUUCUUGUU